AUGUCGCCUCAGAAUGCAACAGGUGGAGGUUCUUUUAACCAUACUUCCCCACUUUCCUUCGUGGGGUUGAUGGCUCUUGAGCGGCUCGACGAUACGAAGAUCAACGAAAGCAGCAGUGACCCUGAAAAGAUUGAGUUAUUCAGGUCUCUAGCUGCCCCAUAUCCGCCGGCAGAAGGUAACCGGGCAUUCGGAGGGCACGUCUAUGCACAAUCCGCGUAUGCAGCGUCAAAGACGGUCCAAAAAGGGUUUAUCAUUUAUGAUAUGACCGGCUCAUUUAUUCUGGCUGGCAGGCUUGAUAUUCCAUACAAAUAUACCGUUCGCCAUGUCCGGGAUGGAUACAUGUACUGCACAAGAGCAGUCGAUGCUCGACAAGACGGGAAGAUUUGCUUUUCUUGCCUCUGUUCAUUCAAGCGUUAUGAAAGCUCAGAUGCCUUUAGGCAUCAGCCACCAGCGGCUCAAGGGACUUACCCGGAUCUUUUAAAUGCCAGGCGGCCCGAAGACCAGGAUGUUAGCCCUAGUGUUGAUGCAGACUUCUGGAUUGAACUCAUCCGUCAGGGUGGUGCCACCGAGAGAGAGUUUCCAGGAAUUGAUAUGCGCAAGACUGACAUGCAAACAUUCAAUCAAAGCAAGGAAGUUAAAGCAAGCCCCGAAAAGUUCCGCCAAUUAUCGCAAUAUCGCCUCAAGGGAUCUCCAGAUGAGGAUCCGCACGCAUCACUAGCACAAAUAAGAGAGAGAGAACUCUCUGGGGAAUAUGAUAAUCUCUAUGCUUGUGCACAUAUGUACUCGAGUGACAGGAACUCUCUUUUGUUGAUACCGCGCUCUCUGGGAAUUAAGCAAUGGUCUGAUAUGGGCAGCCUUACUUUGAUGGUGGUGAUUCAUCGCCAUCGAGAUGCAUUGCGAAUGAUUGACUGGAAUUCGACGUCCAAUAACGGAAAUUCUGAGUUACAGAUGAAGUGGUUUGUUCAAGAAGGUUGGACGCCCCAGUCCGCAGAAAACAGAGCAGUGCAUGAGAGCCAUCUGUGGAGUCCGGAUGGCACAUUAGUUGCAACCACAAUGCAAGAUAGUAUGCUCCGAGUACAGAGGCUCCAGCGCAAGGACAAAUUAUGA